GGUCGAUCGGUGGGUCGUUUGUCCUAGUUCUAGCAUUCCAUCAUGCUCACAAUUUGAAUAAUUAGUCGCUCGUGCCGGCAGCACGCCAGAAACUCCAGUCACUAGCACCAGCACCAGCACCAGCACCAACCACCUUCCUGUCGCAUUCCUGUGCACUUUGCAUAACAUGUCCUCGCUCCUGUUGCAGAUGUGUGGGCAGGUUGAGUGCACAGUGCACUGGAGAGGAACAAGUGCUGUUGCGCGAGUGGGCAGUGUUGCGGUCACUGAUCGUGCACUCGACCGAUAUUUGUCGGGGCGGAACAUGUCCAGCUAUCCCAUUGAAGUGCCCAUGCAGCCCUACGCUGGCAGGCUGCUCAUCAUUGAGCAUCUCAUUGUGCCCGACGUCAGCGAUGACCAAAGGCAAGGCUCGGGCAAGAAGGCAAUUGUGGGACCCAAAUUUUCGGACAUGCCACGUCCAUCGUUCUUUGAGCCAAAGGUUAUUGAAAAGACGCUGCUCAAGUAUUGCAUUCUAGAAGGCAUUUCUAAAGAUUUCAAGGACGAGCUCGUGGAUGCGCUACUGUCAGCCGUGGAGACGUACAUGAAGUACCUAGUGCGGACCGUCAUCGAGCUAUGCGAACAUCGCUCUGGCAACAAUCUCUAUAACGAUCCGCGUUGCGUGGUGCAGCAUAAUAUGCGCACCACAAUGAUGUUUCUCAACGAUCGCGAGGUGGCCGACUAUGGCUGUUCGGAUGACGAUUCCGCCUACGGGCAUCGCAGGCGCUGGAUGAAGCUGCAACGCAAUCGCACCAACAACUCGGGUGAAAACGAAAUGCGUCUGGAGUCGACCAAUAGUACGGCCCUCAUGGCGUUGGGCGCACGGAAACCAAUCGGUCCUGGUGGUGCUGGAGGUCAGCUAACAUCUGGAGCCGCUCAGCCGCCACAACGUUCGUUUAUCAUACGCAUCAAGCAUAUGAACGUGAAGGAUAUAAUACAGUUCAUGGAGGAGGAGAAGCGCUACAACAAGUCCAAGCUGCUCUACGAUGCCUAUUUGACGUACAAAUGGUAGAGCGAGCGGACGGGCAGAGGCAGUAAGAAUAAGAUAUUAGGAGGGAAUUAGACGUGCCUCUGGGCUGCUUGGCACACACGCGCGUUACGAUUCCAAUUACAGCCAUAUUCAGACAGUUCAAUGAACUUCCUUUCAAAUAAAUCAGAACAAAAGCCCAAGGAAA